AUGAAAUACUUACUUACUUUUGUCCUGUUAGGAAUUUUAGCUAGUUCAGUUCUUGGAGAAGAGUUUUAAGAAUUGGAUAAGCAUUUAUUUAGAAAACUUAAUCGCACUUUAAAUGCUUACAAUGAUAAAAUUGAAUACUAUUAAGGCUAAAUAAAUGAAACUUAAUAGAUUAUUUAAGUUUUAACACCUUUCUUGACUAAUUUGACAUUUGCUCAUCAAUAAUUUGAAGAAGAAUUCAACCUCUUUUAAUACUCAGAUGGUUAACCAGGUUUUAGUCCAAAAGACGUUGGAGCUCUCCUUUAUAAUCGCUCUUAAAUUUACAAAGUAAAUGCUUUCCCUAGAGAUGUCAAAGUACUUCCAUCAAUAUUUGCUUUCUACAAUACUGACCAUUCCGGAGUUAUUGAUUUAGCUUAGUUUAUCUAUGCUGACUACUCUUUAUACACAGAAUUUUAUGGAUAGAAAUAUAGAUAAUUAGAUUAACUCAAUCAAAAUUUAACUCAAACUGUUAAUAGCAGAGAAAGACAUGUUAGAUUAAUCAAGGAUGUACUUCGUGAAGCUAAUGAAUAUUUAUUAGAAUGA